CCGCCUUGAGGCGAACUCAUUAGGGUCGCUGAAACGAAAGAGGGGCAAUUUCAAUUGCAAGCUAGCUAAUGCUCUUGAGAAGAGCUAGUUCUGGUUCUCCUCUGUUUCCAUCGUGCGAAUCGCGCACCUUUAUUCAAAAUAUUGGUAUGCAAACGUAGUUACGGCCUGUUCACAGGUCUCUUGGUGACAGAAGACCCGAAAACGCCCUCCAAGGAGGAUUUAAUUAAUCAAGAUGGGCAUCAAGAACAUUUGUAAAUUAGCUGGAAAGUCGGGAAAAAUGAUCGAGCAUUAUAGUAAAUUUACUCCGGUUUCUUUGAGUUUGAAAAACCUUUUAUCAUUUGGUGAGACUGCGCCAGCCUCUAAGUCCUUCGAUUUUCUGAAAUAUGAACUCCCAGUCCGACUAGGGAACAUUAUGCAGGAGAUCCAUCUCCUGCCCGAUAUCCUAAAAAAGUCAAGAUCUGUUCAACAGAUAUGUUUAUUGUAUGAGGAGACAUUCAAUAGCCUUAUCAAGUAUGAAGAAUGCUCGACAAAAUCGCCUUCUACUUUAUCCAGAUUUACAGAUGAUAUUGACCUUAUCUUACAGAAGCAUUCAGGCGUAGUUGAAAUAAUGGCAUUGGGUAUCAAAGAAAUCCAAAGUAAUGAAUCGUGGUCUGAGUCACAAGAGUUGCAGCUACAGUAUUUUCUGGAUCGGUUUUACGUGAGUAGAAUCGGUAUCCGAACUUUACUUAAUCAGCAUUUCAAGCUAUAUGGACCCACAUUCUGCAACGUACAAUCUCACGUUGGGGGUAUCGAUCCAGAUUGUAGCCCAGUUCAAAUCGCAGUAAAUGCAUACAAUUAUUCCAGACCACUGUGUAUUCAGGCGUAUGGUCGUGCUCCGGGGUGUGACAUUGAAAUCCACGAUUGUGUAAAUAAAGAGCGUGCAUCUGGUAGUUUCAACAAAAUUGAUUUGUGUGUGGAUGCAGCUGGUCAUGCGUCGACCAAAUCUUAUCUUUUGGACAACCAAAGGAACUGUGCAGAUUUGUCUGUGAAGGGGAAAGACAUAACAUUUUGUUAUAUACCUGGUCAUUUGUUUUAUAUAUUGUAUGAAUUGUUGAAAAAUUCAAUGAGAGCUGUUACUGAGAAUCAUAAUAAUGAUGCUCACUUGCCAAGAAUACACAUUCUUAUAUGCAACGGACCUGAAGAUAUCGUUAUUAAGAUUACAGAUUUUGGUGGAGGAAUGGCUUUAAAUAUGGUCGAAAAAACGUUUCGAUACAAUUAUACAACAGCUGUUCAUUCUGCAAAUCUACAUCCUACUGUACUAAAUUUUGAGAAUAACUAUUCAACAAUUCAAUCAGCCAAUCAGGUUACAGUAAAUGAUCGAAUGACAUGUGAAGUUGAACCAGAACGUAAUGCCUGUUUAUCUAUUGCUGGAAGAGGACAUGGUUUACCAUUAAGUAGACUAUAUGCUAGAUAUUUAGGUGGUAAUUUAAAAUUGCAUUCUAUUGAAGGUGUCGGUACAUCAGUAUUGAUUUACUUAAAAAGACAGUCACAAGAUGCUUAUGAAUUGAUUCCACUGUUCAAUCACACAUCAAAAUCUUUUUAUGAAAAUAGUAUGCAACAACGUGAUUGGGUUUCUAAUUCUCAGAGAACUUUACUUGAACCAUCUACAACACCUUAAUGAUGGGUCAUCCUUUUCUUGAUCAUCUUGUUUUUGUUACUUAUCUACUUUCUUAUUCCUUUUUUGAAAGACAGUCUAUCUUGCCAUUUUCAAAAUAAUAUCAAUCAAUUAAAUGGUGUCUUUCACAUAUUGUAUUUUAUUGUUAUCAUGUAUAUGCCCUUAUCUGUGUAUGCAUUUACUGAAAAUUGCAAAACAGAAUGGAAAAAAAUGAAAGGAAACAAAACGAUACCAAGAAAUUAACCCUCUUUACUGCCUGUGUUUUUAAUGCAUUCUUUUUGUUUGUGUAUAUUGUUUAUCCUUUGUUUACUUUUUGUCUUUUAAUGCUCUGACUGAUUGUAUUUGGAUGGUCAAAUAAGAAUAAUAAUGUAUACAUGAUUUUUCGUAUGGUCCAUUCCAUACAAUAGAAUUUUUUGUCUUCACCUAUGAAACUCGGUUUAAUAAGCCAUUCCUCAUGUUGCAACUGAACUAUGGUUGGAAGGUGUACAUUUAGUCACCACCACUACGUUUUGUACAUCACCUAAGGGUUUAUUUAAUUCGAUCAUAUAAUGAACCAUCUGUACUGUUAACAAUAAUGAAACCAUAAAUAAGCAUCAUUCUGUUGUACAACUAUAAAUAAUUUCUUAUUGUAAGCUACCUUUUCAUCGCACAAACUGCACUUCUUGGUAAGAAUAUUUACCAUAAGAUUUUGUCGAAAGACGUAACGAUUGGUAGACAUUGAUAAUGAUUGUUUUAGAUCGUAGUUCUUUACAACGAUUCAAAAAUCAUAUUUUGCCCGAGUUUUCCACAUUUUUAAAACGAAGGAUAAAUAAACUUUCAUUUGUUGACAACAAGUAUAGUU